AUGUCGGAGACCGAGGCUGCUCCCGUCGUCGCCCCGGCUGCUGAGGCAGCCCCUGCCGCGGAGGCCCCCAAGGCCAAGGCCCCCAAGGCCAAGGCACCAAAGCAGCCCAAGGCUCCUAAGGCUCCAAAGGAGCCCAAGGCUCCGAAGGAGAAGAAGCCGAAGGCCGCACCGACCCACCCGCCCUACAUUGAGAUGGUCAAGGACGCUAUCACCACGCUCAAGGAGCGUAACGGCUCGUCGCUUCCUGCCCUGAAGAAGUUCAUCGAGAACAAGUAUGGCAAGGAUAUCCAUGACAAGAACUUUGCUAAGACGUUGAGCCAGGUGGUCAAGACUUUCGUCAAGGGCGGCAAGCUGGUCAAGGUUAAGGGCUCCUUCAAGCUGAGCGAGGCGCUUAAGGCCAAGGCCAAGAAGAGCACUCCCAAGAAGGCCAAGGCUGACGGUGAGGCCAAGCCGAAGAAGAGCGAGGCUAAGCCAAAGAAGGCGGAGGCCGUCAAGAAGACUAAGGCUCCUAAGGAGAAGGUUGAGAGGCCUAAGAAGGAGAAGAAGGAGAAGGUCGAGAAGAAGAAGGCGACGCCGAAGGCUGAGAAGCCCAAGAAGGCUGCCACCCCUAAGUCCGCCGGCAAAAAGAAGGCCACCCCCAAGCCCAAGGCUGCGCCGAAGUCUCCCGCGAAGAAGGACGCCAAGCCCAAGAAGGCAACUCCAUCCAAGAAGGCUGCCCCUAAGAAGGCACCCGCCAAGAAGUCCACGCCGAAGGCUAAGGAAGCCAAGUCCAAGGGCAAGAAGUAA